AUGGGGCCCAAGUUUCAAGAUUAUUACUCAAUUUUCUGCGGUUUGGGACAACAAUUCUCAAUGGAAACAAAACGGUUUAGAAACACCCGAGACAAAACAAUAAUUGUUUUACAUGACACUGAAACGGGAAGUCUUCAAGAAACAAUUGCUGCUUUAGAAGACGAAGGAUUAUCUGUUACAUAUAUUGUUGAUAUUGAUGGCCAAGUGUAUCAAUAUGUGAGAGAUUCUCGCCGUGCUUGGCAUGCAGGAAGUGGAAUUUGGAGAGGAGAUGGGCAACUCUGGAAAGAUUUGUGGACAUCAAAGAUGACCUAUGAGAAUCAAUCUAAAGUAUUGCUGAAUGCAACGAUCAAGGAUGACAAUUUGAAGACACAAGUUCAACAACUUUUGUACAAUCAUGGUUAUGGAACAGUGAAUGUCGGUGAUCCAUACGAUUCAACAACAAAAGGAAAAGUCACAACAGCUAUGGCUAUUCAGUCAUUCAAUCGCAAAUUUUGCCCCGAGGUUGUUCUGAGC